AUGGCUUCGCCAACCGAGUCCUUUGUCAUUAAGACACCGUGCUCAAGCGCCAACAUCGGACCUGGUUUCGAUGUUAUCGGCCUGGCCCUCUCUAUGUACUUGGAGCUGCAUGUCACCAUUGACCGGUCCAAGGGCGAAUCAAGCGAGCCGCUCAAUUGCCGGAUCACGUACGAGGGGGAAGGCGAGGAUUCCGAUGAUAUAAGCCUGGAUCCUGAGGCCAAUCUCAUCACCCGUGUCGCCAUCUAUGUUCUGAGAUGCCACAACCAGCGCACAUUCCCUGCGGAGACUCAUGUGCACAUCAAGAACCCGAUCCCUCUUGGAAGAGGCUUGGGAUCCUCGGGGGCUGCCGUCGUAGCUGGCGUCCAGCUCGGUAACGAGUGUGGGCGGCUCAACCUCGACAAAGGCCGCUUGUUUGACUUCUGUCUUAUGAUCGAACGUCAUCCCGACAAUGUCGGAGCGGCUCUCUUCGGUGGGUUCGUUGGCACUUAUCUGAACCCCCUGAAGCCCGAGGACGUGGCCCGCACAGAGAUUCCCCUCAGUGAGGUGCUCCCUGCCCCUGCGGGCGGCGUCGACACUGGGGUGAAGCCUCCCGAGCCUCCUCACGCUAUUGGCCACCACAUCAAGUUUCCGUGGGCUCCGGAGAUCAAGGCCGUCACCAUUAUCCCCCAGUUCGAAGUCCCGACUCAUAAGGCUCGGGGGGUGUUGCCCGCCCAGUACCCCCGGUCGGAUGUGACGUUCAACCUGCAGCGGAUAGCUCUCCUGCCCGUGGCGCUUGGCCAGUCUCCUCCGGACCCGAAUCUGAUCUACCUUGCCAUGCAGGAUAAGAUACAUCAGCCAUACAGGCAAACCCUGAUCCCCGGCCUGAGUGAGAUCGUCGAGUCAAUGACGCCCGGCACCCAGUCGGGGCUGUUGGGGAUUUGCUUGUCUGGGGCGGGCCCAAGCAUAUUAGCGCUUGCCACAAGCAACUUCCAGGAGAUCGCAGAGAAGAUCAUGGAUAUAUUCAAACAACGUAACAUCGAGUGCAACUGGCAGGUACUCGAACCAGCCGAUGGUACUCAGGUUAUCCGGGCCAAGUAA